UUGGAAUCCAAAGUUCCAUCAUCCAUUAUUACGAUCAAGUGUGCCUGCGAAUCGCGCGUGUUGAUUUUUCCUAAAGUUUCCCCAUUUUUCGGUACGGAUUCGAUUCAUUUUCGGUUGCAAAGUGUGGUGUAGUUAGUGAGGCGAACGGACGUUCCGGAUUCAGGCGCCCCAAUGUGGGCCCAGAACGUGAAAAUUGUAGCAGAAAAUUUUCCUCCCUCGUCUCGGGACUUUUUUUCUUCCGUCGUCCAUCAUCGUCAUUGCUUUUCUUGCCACCGCCGUAGUCUUCCUGUCGUCGUCAAAAAGAAUAAUAAGAGCAAAAACAUUGCCCGUGAGCACAGACCGUUGUCUCGAAACAGUAGCAGCCUAUGCUGUCCAGCUUUUGUUACGAAAACAAAAACAAUUCGUGCAGCUGAUAGCAUUCCACAUCCUGUCGGGGACCACGAUUCGAUAACGAUAUUGAAGGAUUCCGGAAGUUGUGUGGUUCACGCGUUGGUUGUUGUCGAUAGCGUCAAUCGGAGAGGGCUUCAAUCGCGUCACUGCGUUGGAAGCGCUCGUAAGACUCUUUGGAUGGAAGUAUGAACCAAGAGCAGCUCUGCUCAUCGGCCCUAACGCAGAUCAGUUACUUGGUGUCGAACUUGAAUAAGAAAAACUUUGCCACGAGUAGUCGGCAGUUGGAACAGUUGGUGAAAGAUUUUGGACUUGAAGCCGAUCGUCAUCUGUUGCGGUGUUUGUUUUCUGCGAUUGACUUUUCCGGACUAGACAGUGGUACUUCCGGUAGUGCAGGUGCAGGAGGAGGAUCAGGUCAUUCUCGAAGCAGCAGCAGUAGCAGCGGUACAAAUAACAACAACAACAACGGCAAUUCCCUGCUCCAGGCACGGAUCCUUCUGGGCGAACUUGUCGCGCAGCUCAACAAGCCACAGCUGGUGGGGAACGUUUGUUUCGCAGUCGAUCAACCGUUACCCCAACAGAAGACUCUGGUCCCAUCGCAAAGCUUAGCGGCACAGAUUUCGAAAACUCUUGGCUGUUCGCCGAUACAGGAAGCGGUUAUCGCUCUCGGACUUUUGCAGUCGACUCACACGGAUACGGUUUUAGGCGCCGAAGCUCUCGCCCUCAGCAGUCUCAGUGGGUUGAUUCAGGCUUACAUCGAUUUAGAACCCAGCCAACCCGGCCAGGAAGGAAGUCUCAACGACGUUUCGCCCGAGUUUUUGCAGCACAUCGUUGCUCUUCUGUCGCACGGAAAGCAUCGUAGGUUCGGCCUAGCGGAUACCACCUGGUCCAAGUUUGUGCAUCAGUUGUGCCGAGACUUUCCGCGUGAUCGAGUUCCGUUGGUGUUGGCUCCCUUGUUGUAUCCUGAGGAUUCAGAACUGUCGGCCGAAUCGAUCAAACUAAACUCGCGUGCGCUUCUACGUUCUACAAUCAUGGACACGACCUGGGGAAGUUUGGUGAUGGAAAUCGGAUACGGAUUUACGGCCUCUCUGGAGGAUUGCAAGAACCAUUUGCUGAAGGUCGGUGGUCGGGAGAUUUCCGCCCAAGAUGUUGCGAAGAUUAUAUCGUCAAUGUGUUUGACACAUGCGUCUCUUUCGGAAAGUAGCAUUAACCUACCGACCCCUAGUAGUUUCUGGCCACAGGGAAGCGAUCCCGGUGGGAAAGGGAAAGAUGGUCAGGCAGGGGUCACUGGUGGAGAAAAUAACACCUGGAAACCGGAGAUUUUCGUGCAGGCGCUGAAAGAAGUUGUGCCUAAUUUAAACUGGAAAGAUGUUUGUUUAGCUUUGGAUCAUUCCGAGUUCCUGAUAAAGGAUCGCGCUGGCUUAUCGUUACUGCUUUCAACAGUCAAGAUGGGUGUUCAAGCGAGUGGUUUGGGUCAAAACUUUCCAGUUGAAUGUAUCUAUCAACGGUGGACAAAUGUCGAAGGUCAAUUGUCGCUGAUUACAAAUGUUCUGAAGAAUCCCGACUUGUAUUCGUUUGCCGACCAUAUCUAUACAAGUGUUUCUGUCGAUUUACUGAAAACUCCUCCAGAAACUGACAACAAAGAAAUAGCAACUUGGAUGUCACUCCAUCUGAUCGACGUUCUUUUGUACAUAGCCGAUAAUGGAUUCUACGCACAAGCAAUGGAAAUAUUCAAAAUACCCAUUCAACUGUGCCCGGAUAUACUGUUUAUGGCUUUACUCCAGAUAAACCCUCCGGUAGCUGUUUCACGUCAGGAGCUGUUCACCACCUUGAUUCCGAUCUUCCUUGGAAAUCACCCAAAUUCUGGAACGAUUUUACAUCACGCUUGGAACAACACCAGCUUUAAUCCAUCUUUGAGACACAUAAUUCUACAUUCAAUGAGCGAAUGGUAUCUUCGCGGUGAAAAUGAUCAAUCCCGUUUGUCGCGCAUUUUAGAUGUGGCACAAGAUUUAAAGGCUCUGUCAAAUCUCCUCAACGUCAGAUCGUUCAUUUUCAUCAUCGAUCUAGCUUGCUUGGCAUCGCGCCGAGAGUAUUUGAAACUAGAGAAAUGGUUGGCGGAUAAGAUCCGGGAUCAUGGUGAGCCGUUUGUUAAGACCAUAAUAAAAUUUUUACAACGUCGCUGCCCACAAAUGUUCCCAAAAUUUGCAGAAGACCAACAGAUUCACAAAUCAGCUCAACUGCCACCAGAAACAUUGACUACAAUUUUGACAUGUCUCCAAUCUUGCGUCGGUAACGUUAGCCAGGAAGUGGCCGAAAUUAUCAUGGGAAUGACGCAAUACAAUAUUUUACUUAAUAGUAAGACGCGUGCUCAACAGGCUCCGCAACAACAACAGCCUCCACCACCGGGAGUGCUCCGAGCACAUCGCGGCUUGGAGGGACCGUUUAGUGCAUCUGCCCUCGGUGGUCAGAUAUUCCCAGGUCCUUCUGUCGAAUCACUUUCCGGAUUGGCUAGUAAUAUGGCAGGAUUGAAUCUGGGUGGUCCUGGGAACAGUGCCUUCAGUUUUGGUUCAGUUUUGGGCAAUCUGGUUUCGACACCGGCCUCACCGUCUAGAAUACUUGCUGGACCAUCAUCGAACAGUCCUUUCCCAUUGAUGUCGAUGCCACCGACAGCCCCAGUUGGAAAUAUUGGUCGGCUAACGCAAACUCCAACUGGCGAUAAACUUGCCCUCCCGAAUUCUGGUCAAACUUCAUUCCCAGAAAUCGGAUGCCAACAGGUUUCCAAGGAAAUCGAAGACGAAGCGAAUAGCUACUUCCAGCGUAUCUACAACCAUCCUCCGCACAAUACGUUAACAAUCGAUGAGGUGUUGGAUAUGCUGCAGCGCUUCAAGGAUUCAUCGAUUCGUCGGGAAUGCGACGUUUAUCAAUGUAUGUUGCGAAAUCUGUUUGAAGAGUACAAGUUCUUCCCUCAGUACCCGGACAAAGAGUUGCAAAUCACUGCUCAACUGUUUGGGGGCAUGGUGGAACGCAAUCUCGUGACCACUUACGUAGCACUGGGACUAGCACUGCGUUGCGUUCUAGAUGCUUUGAAAAAACCUGACGGUUCUAAAAUGUACUAUUUCGGUAUUACAGCUUUGGAUCGCUUCAAGAAUAAGCUGCAUCUGUACCCGAAGUAUUGUGAGUAUGUGCAUACAAUUCCGCACUUUGAUCAGUUCCCGCCCCAUCUGAUUGAGUACAUCGAGUACGGUGGACAAGGACAGGAGCCACCGAAUAAAACGCUGGGACCAGGACCGUUGCCAGCGUCAAUUACGCAGCUGAUUCCGCCAGGACCGGCACCAGGUGUUAUCCCCGGAGGAAAUCCUUUGUAUCGUAGCAACUCAGUUCCAGGAACGAGCAAUCUUUCAGCGGCGGCCGCGGCUCCACCACCAGCAGCGAAGGCAGGACUUGGUCAGCAACUAGGAGGAGGAGGAGGUUCCAGUCAACCACCGAGAGUGAAAUCUAUCGCCAAUGCCACUAAUAUUGACACGCUACUGGUCGCCACACAAGAUCGCGAGGAGAAAAUUAUCACUCCACCAGAUGCCAUUCAAGACAAAACGGCGUUCAUUUUCAACAACUUGAGUCAGUUAAACUUGCAGCAGAAAUGUGAAGAGAUCAAGGAUAUUCUUCAAAAAGAUUACUACAUUUGGUUGGCUCAGUAUUUGGUGUUGAAACGUGCUUCGAUCGAAGUCAACUUUCACGUGCUAUAUUCGAACUUCUUAGACGCCUUAAAAAUCCCGGAUGUUAACAAGUUGGUAACCAAGGAAACUUUCCGCAAUAUUCGUGUCUUGCUGCGUUCCGAUAAGGGUAUUGCCAACUUUUCCGAUCGAAGCUUGCUGAAGAAUUUGGGUCACUGGUUGGGCAUGAUGACCUUGGGCCGAAACAAACCCAUUCUCCAUUUGGACAUAGAUAUGAAAUCUUUGUUGGUAGAAGCUUACAACAAAGGACAGCAAGAACUUCUUUAUGUCGUUCCGUUUGUUGCUAAAGUUUUGGAAUCAUGUGCUAAGAGCAAAGUGUUCAAGCCACCUAAUCCAUGGACUAUGGCGAUAAUGAAUAUUUUGGCUGAACUCCAUCAAGAACCGGAUUUGAAGCUAAACCUAAAAUUCGAAAUUGAAGUUCUUUGCAAAAACUUGAAUAUAGAUGUCGCUGAUUUGAAACCGGCAAUUUAUUUGAAAGAUCCAGAACGUGCGCAGAAUAUAGAGUACCAAUUGUCGCAACCGAAACCUGUCAAAGAACUGCAACCGAUGCAAGCAGUAAUGCAAGUUCCUGAAGACAUCGGAUCUGCUGGUCCUUCCGGUUCUCCAGCAAUUCCCACGAUGGAUCCAUCAUUGGCAGUGGCUGGUCCUCCAGAGCCUCGUUUCCACUACUCGGAUAUCAACAUCACAAGUUUUGCCUGCAUAAAUCAACAUGUGACUUACUCACCAAACAUUGCCCUGUUGCAUACCCAUCCGCAUCUGAAACAAAUUAUUAAAACAGCCCUGGAACGCACCAUCACGGAUUGGAUCACCCCCGUUGUUGAACGCAGUGUUAAAAUUGCUUCGAAAACUUGUGAGCAAAUAAUUCGAAAGGAUUUCGCCCUGGAUCCUGAUGAUCAACGGAUGCGAACUGCUGCCCACAAUCUGGCUCGAAACUUGGCCGCUGGUAUGGCCAUGAUAACCUGCCGCGAUCAGCUUAUGCAAAACAUCCAGAACAACAUUAAAACGGCUUUCAUGACUACACUCAGUCCGGCUCAAAAGGAUGUAGCGGAUGCUGCCGCCAAUCAGUUGGCCGCUGACAAUAUGGAGCUAGUUUCGGCGUUCAUUCAAAAGACAGCCAUCGAAAAAGUCGUGCCCGAAAUGGACAAACUGCUGGCGACGGAUUACGAGCUGCGUAAAAUUGCCCGACAGGAUGGCCGUCGGUAUUGCGAUGCCAGUGUUUUGACCUACCAGGCAGAGCGUAUGCCGGAGCGGAUACGGCUUAGUGUGGGAGGCGUGUCACCGAGUCAGCUGGCUGUUUAUGAGGAAUUCGCUCGUAACAUACCCGGAUUUCAGCCGAUUACCGAUCGGGACAAUGCACUGUUUGCACCAAAAAUGGAUGCGAUUCCGGUAACACAGUUCCCGGCAGCUCCCGCUGACGAGAUUGGAGUUUUGUAUGAUGAAUUGGCCAGCAAAAUGGAGGCGUUCUUGAAUGGUGCUGUUAAUAUUCCUCAGCUUCAGGUUCAUGUCAACAAUAUGCACACUCUCCUGGAGUGUCUGAUCAUCGCACGUCGAUCCCGGGAUAAUCUAACAGCAUGCAAUCUGUUGAAUAAGUCCGUCGAAGGUAUCAUGGAAGGUCUUAUGAACAUACCUGAUCAUAUCGAUCAGAUCAAGCUGUAUCGAGACAUACAUCUGCGAGUGAUGCGUCUACUGCAGGAUCCUCGUGCAUGCGGUCCAAUUUGGACCAAUAAGGCCAUUACAAGAUACAUGCUAGAAUGCCGCGAAGAAAUCCGAUACAAUGUGGAAGCCGUAGAUUUGUUGAUAUCCUCCAACUUUGUGAAUAUGCCACAGUACGAUAUGAUGCUGAUGCAAUUGAUGGAUAAUGGCAAUAACUACGUAGCGGUCGUGUUCUCGAUGCAGCUUGUUCAGACCUAUUUUAUCGACGAACGACCGAAUUCGGUGAUUACCGAAAACGAUCUUCUCAACACAAUCGAUUUGUUGGCGCGUCUGGCCGUUCACCCGAGGGCUCCGGAAGGUUUGGCCCAUCUUAUCGAAAUGCUUCGCUCGAACCAUGAUCCCAACACAUUUUUGGUGGAUCGUGCACUCGCUGGUCCGACAUCGUACAUCCACUCGGGCAUCAUCCAAGCUAGAGCCACCGACAUCGAAGACCCUCCGGGCUUUGCCGAAAAGACCGAAUUUUUAUUGAAAGACUGGAUCACCAUUUAUCAUACGCAAGCUGCAGGGCGGGACCCCAUAAAGGCUUUCAGUAUCUUUGUGAACAAGAUGAAUAUGUACGGAAUUUUGAAGGGAGACGAACCGUUGACAAGAUUCUUCCGCCACGCCACCCAGUGUUGUAUCGAUCUGACUUACCGUAACAUGAACGAUCCCAAUGCGAAGACCAAAAUCUUCCAAUGGAUCGAUGCUUACGUUAGAUUGAUUGCGUUACUGGUCAAGCACUCUGGCGAAAGUGGAAAUUCCAACACUAAGCUCAACUUGUUGAAUAAAGUGUUAGGUAUUGUGGUCGGAAUUCUUCUACAGGAUCAAGAAGUUCAUGGCACUGCCUUCCAACAGCUGGGCUACCAUCGUAUCUUCAUCAUGCUGUUCCUAGAAUUGAGCGCUCACGAUCCUGUGCUUGAAAACAUCAGCUUAAGCGUUAUAACAGCCUUCUGUCAUACGUUCCACAUUUUGAGACCUUCAUUGGCUCCAGGAUUCUGUUACUCAUGGUUGGAACUCAUCUCACAUCGAGUUUUCAUCGGACGUAUUUUGGCCUCUAUUCCUCAGCAAAAGGGUUGGUCUAUGUACUCGCAGCUGUUGAUUGAUCUGUUCAAAUAUCUUUCGCCGUUCUUGAGAAAUGCUGAACUUGCCAAACCAGUUCAACAUUUGUACAAGGGUACACUCCGAGUAUUGUUGGUAUUGUUACAUGACUUCCCUGAGGUUCUUUGUGAUUAUCACUUUGGAUUCUGUGACUUCAUCCCACCAAAUUGUAUCCAGAUGAGAAAUCUCAUUCUCUCCGCUUACCCAAGAAACAUGCGUUUGCCGGAUCCUUUCACUCCAAAUCUAAAGGUUGACAUGCUGACGGAUAUUGGAGGAGCUCCUCGAAUUUUCACAAACUACGCCGCGGCAAUCACUCCUCAGAGUUUCAAAAAAGACUUGGAUUCAUAUCUGAAGGCACGCUCUCCAGUGACGUUCCUUUCAGAACUACGCAGCAAUCUGCAAAUCUCGAACGAGCCGGGUUCGCGCUAUAAUAUCCCACUGAUGAACGCUCUGGUGCUGUACGUUGGCACCCAGGCAAUUGCUCACAUUCGCUCGAAGAAUCUGGGUCCCACGAUGGCGACGAUCGUGCACAGUGCCCAUAUGGACAUCUUCCAGAACCUGGCCGUAGAUCUGGACAACGAAGGUCGGUAUCUGUUCCUGAACGCAAUUGCCAAUCAGCUGCGCUAUCCGAACAGCCACACGCACUACUUCAGCUGCGCUAUUCUCUAUCUGUUUGUGGAAGCUAACUCGGAGGCAAUACAGGAGCAAAUCACGCGCGUUCUUCUGGAACGGUUGAUUGUGAACCGGCCACACCCAUGGGGCUUGCUCAUCACGUUCAUCGAGCUGAUCAAGAACCCAGCGUACAAGUUCUGGGACCACGAUUUUGUACAUUGCGCACCGGAAAUCGAAAAGUUGUUUGAAUCGGUGGCCAAUUCUUGCAUGGUGGUAAAAUCGAAAAGCCAGCAGCAGAUGCCCAACGUUGGCGAUGCGGAAAUUGCUGAAUGUAAUUAGUCGAGCAGGGUUUAUCCCACCAGGGAGCAAUGAUUCUAGCGCUAGACUGUUUGUGUUAAGUGUUAAGUAGGUAAAAUGGAAAUGCGGUUGAAUAGGAAAUUUAAAGCGAAGAACGGUUCAUUGUGAAUGUGUGGUAUUGCUUUAAAUUUAUCUACGUAAAUCGGAAAUAUUUAUUUUUAUACCGACCAAACAAGAGACUGUUCUUCAAUGUUUUUCUAGGUUUUGCAAGUAUUUUUUUUUCUUUUUUAAAUUUCCGGAACAUGAAUUUCCAUUCAGAUGUACAUAGUUAGCUUUCGAUGAAGUUGCAUUAGUUUGUUCGAGAAGAUUGCAAAAGCAUAUUCAUAACGUGAAAAUCGUGUUACUCGUAAGUAGCUCACGGAGAAUAAAUAUGUAAGACGAAAAAAUACGGCACAGAACGAUAACGGAUGGUCCAAAACAAUUCAUGUUGAAUACCUUCUUUAAAUUGGUAGACUUCUAGUGACAAAAUAGUUAUCAAUCACGACUCAUCUGAUGAUGUUUGAAUGAAUUGUUGGAUCACAGUGCGGGUUCUAAACCCUGUUAGUAGGCAAGAGAGAUAAGUGUUGUAUUGCAAACAAAAUGAAUAUGCUGGUAAGAGGAAUAAUCAACAAUAAUGCAAAUCGAAGCGUGUCUUGAGGAAAUAGGUGUUGGUAGAUGUGCUUUAUUAAAACAGAAACUGUAAUUAGAAAUUAUCUCAUAGCUCGUAAACAAAUAAAUAUUAUUCACUAAAA